AUGUCUGCCCAACGAUCCCUUUCAGAUCGCAAUCGGCUGUGUGGUCCAAACCUGCGUCUGUCUGUUACAAAUUUGGCGACGGGGAUGGGAUCUCCUAGGAAAGAUUCCGGAGAAUACAGCGACGACGAAAUUGCCAGCCCACCGACUAUCAGGAGUCGUCUACCGCAAGUCACAUUCACGGCUGCGCCGGCAAUACAGUUGGAGCCGCCACCGCGAUUUGAAGCUGGAACCAAUUUGACACUAUGGCAGACGAAGAUGCAAAGAUUCCUGCGUCGAGUGCCGACAGAAGAACACAGUCUGUGUAUCCUGUAUCUUUUAAGUGAUCAGGUACAAGAAUUACUGAUCAUCGAGAACGUGGACGAGGACUCCCCUCCAGAGUCCAGCUUGAGGGAAAUGUUCCCAGGUCAGGUAAACCAUCCCUCCCUCCGACAUCAAUACUGGCGAAGAGACCAAAGACCAGGGGAGUCGGCGGAACAAUAUGCGAACGAAUUAGGAAUACUGGUCAGUUGA